GGCUACAACCCGUCAGCUGCUCCCUAAUGGUGACCCCACGCCUCAAUCUCUAGAGGAUCUUGUUUUUUAUAAGUGGAAACGUGAGCAGAAGCCGCCUCUCUUUUAGAGGAGAACAAACCUCACCUCCCCUUCUCUCUCUUCCAACCCUAAUUCAACCCUGCCCCCAAAAAGAAACCCUUGUCUCUUCUCUCUCUCUCCUCCUUCAAGAUCUGUUGGCUGUUGCUGUUGUUACUUUCUUUCUUUCUCGUCCUUCCACAACCCUUCUCUUCCCAGAGAAGAAAGAAAUCAAAGAGAGAGGGAGACAGAAGAGGAGUGUUCCCAUGUGCAGAUCAGAGCUUUAAAGAAAUGGGUACUUCCUUCUGAUGGCUCUUCCAUUUACUACCUCCUGAUUGCAGGAUCUUCUUUAAUUUCCUUGUAAGUGAUUGGAAAAUAUUUCUCUCUCUCUCUCUCUCUCUCUCUCUCUCUCUCUCUCUCUCUCUCUCUCUCUUCUGUCAGUAGCCAUGGAUUCCGGUAACAGUGGAAGUAUGCAGUCAUCUAGUGGCGGGGGUGACGAGGAAUAUGAUUCCCGUACCGAAUCGUUUUCCGCCUUCUUGAAUUCUUCCGGACAGAUCAGUGGUCCGAUGAUGACCCCAGCACCACCAUCUUCUUCUCACCACCACCACCACAACCACCAUCACCCAUCUCUCUUCGAUCCUCUCUCUAAUUACCUCGAUACCUUCCCACGAUCUCCACCACCGCCUCCCAAUGUCAAUUCCCUACCAAAUCUCGACAUGGCCUGGACCCGAGGCCCACGAUCCGAACCCAAUUGCACCAACAUCAGUGGGCUAGUAGGAUCAUCAUCGUCAUCCACCCCACACAUCACCGGCCCACAUGGAUCCAAUCGCAUACCAUACAAUCCUAUCAACCCAUUGAUGCCGUUACCAUCAGGUGGUUCUGAUACCAACGGUUGUGCUUCAGCGACCAUCGAUCAACCCAACCCCAGCCGCAACCCCAAGAAACGAUCCAGGGCUUCCCGUCGGGCCCCCACCACCGUCCUCACGACGGACACAUCCAAUUUCCGUGCCAUGGUUCAAGAGUUCACUGGAAUCCCCGCACCGCCAUUCUCCGCUUCCACCUUCCCACGGACCCGGCUCGAUCUCUUUAACACUCCCUCCGCCAUGAGGAUGUCACUCACAGACCCGCCACCGCCUUAUCUCCUCCGUCCGUUUGUGCAGAAGGUCCCACCUCCUUAUCUCAGCUCUUCUUCCACUUCAUUAUCUUCUUCUUCUUCUACCAUGGUUGAUGUUGGUGCUUCUACAACAGCUACUAAUACUGCUACUAAUAGUAUUAGUACCUUUGCUAAUUCUACAACUAGUAGUAGCAAUACUAGUACUACUUCUAAUGCAAUUCCAACUAAUAACUACCAACUGCUCUCUGAUCUGGGUCUUACAAAACAAAAUCAAAGCAUGCUCAACAUGAACAAUCCAAUCUUCACCUUCCAAUCUUCUCCUCUAAAAUACCCAUUAUCCAAUUUACCUGCAUUUGGUUCAAAAUCAGUACCACAAUUGUCGAUCCCAUCGUCGGCUGACUCGCAGCUUAGGGUUGGAAUGUUGGAUGGAUUUUCCAUGAACCAUGGGCAUGUUAGUGCACACCAUGGCCCGCUUUCAAGCCUCAUCGCGCCGGACGGUAGGAACGACAAUCCUCCACGUUGGGGGACGGACGGAGCGGGUCCAAGUGAUGGGGAUCAAGUGCAUUCAAGGCCGUUUGGGAAUUAUGGCGGUUCACAACAGCAGCGGGUUAGUAGCUGCAAGCUGAAUUACAAUGCUUCUUCAUCGGAUUUCCAUGCGGAGAAGGGACCAGAGAAUGUGCCAUCAAGAGGAGAAGGUAUGGUAGAUUCAUGGAUUUGUUCUUCAGAUUAGAGAAUAUGGAAGAAAAUGAGAACUUGAAAAAGAAAAACAGAAAGGAAAAAAAAAAAGAUUAGGAAGAGAGAGAGAGAGAGGAUUUGGUUCCCUGCAUGUUCACUACCGUCAAUAUACAGCACUAUCUUUAACAUUUCUAUGUAAAUAUAGUCUAUUUUGUUCAUUUCCUCUAUGAUUAUACAGGCACAAAGACAUUAUUAUGAAAUUUUUGGUUUUUUCUUUCUUU